AACUCCACUAUUUUAUUUUUCUAUGGAGACGCAUAAACGAAGCAUAAUAACCACAUUCUCAAAAUGGCUAUCAAAGCAGGGAUUACUCUUAUCUCAAUACUCUUGCUAUGCACUACUGCAGCAGCAGCACAAGGAGGAAAGUUACUUCAGACAACCAAUGACUUUUCAGCAUACACUCCGGUAACCAAAGAUGGUAUCUGCAAGACUUUGGUAGAGACACAAGGUUACAAAUGUGAAGAACAUACCGUAACAACAAAUGAUGGCUACAUCUUGAGCCUGCAAAGAAUCCCGACGGGGCGGUCCGGUAAGAAAGCCGACAAGCCACCUGUGCUAUUACAACAUGGUCUUUUUUGUAAUGCUGUAGUAUGGCUGUUCAACUCUCCAAAAGAAUCAUUGGGAUUUAUUUUAGCAGACAGUGGAUUCGACGUGUGGCUUGCCAAUGGUCGCGGCUCAAAAUAUAGCACUGGCCACACAACACUAACUCCUAAUGACAUGGCUUAUUGGGAUUGGUCAUGGUAUGAAUUAGCUAGCUAUGAUCUUCCUGCAUCAGUAGAAUAUGUGUUCAAUCUUACUGCUCAAAAAAUACAUUAUGCAGGUCAUUCUCAGGGAACUUUAGUGGCUUUUGUUGCUUUAUCUCAAGGGAAGCUUCUCAAUAUGUUGAGAUCAGCUGCAUUACUUAGUCCAAUUGCUCAUUUGAAUAUGAUUACUUCAGAGCUAACAAAAGUUAUUGCUGAACUCUUUUUAGCUAAUGAUGUGCACUGGUUAGGUGUCCGUGAAAUCGAUCCUAAUGCGUAUGAUAUAACAAAACUUGUGGAUGGAAUCUGCUUCAUUUCAAACUUAAACUGCGGAGACGUAGUCACAUUGUUCACAGGUCCAAAUUGCUGCAUAAAUUCUUCUAGGGUAGAUUUCUAUCUUGAUCAACCAACAGCAACAAGGAAUUUCAUCCAUCUAUCUCAAAUGAUCAGAACAGGACAAAUAGCAAAGUAUGAUUAUGUUUAUGAAGCACAGAAUAUGCUACACUAUGGACAAGGGGUUCCUCCAACUUAUGACAUGACCAAAAUCCCAAAAGAAUUUCCACUUUUUAUAAGCUAUGGAGGGAAAGAUUAUCUAUCUGAUGUACAAGAUGUGGAGGUUUUGCUCAAUGAUCUAAGUAAUCAUGAUGCUGACAAGCUUGUGGUAUUGUAUAAAGAUGAAUAUGCACAUCUUGAUUUUAUUGGAGCUUUUGAUGCUAAGCAAGUCAUUUAUGAUCCCAUGUUAGCUUUUUAUAACUCUAAUUGAUUUUACAACUAGUAUUAGUAUUAAUAUAACUAGUGUUUUCAUUA